UCACGUAGCCCCACAGGAUCUAACCAGGUUCUCUGGGAUCUACAUAAGGGGUGUACUGUUGCGCUGGGGCCUUUGUUUCCCCCUCUCGCACCGCCUUUGAGCCGGGCCCGCUCCAGAGUUGCGAGUGAAACCCUACCCGCACGCGGUAUUAGGACAUGGGCACUUGAACGGGGGCCCUUUUCAUGUGACUCUAGUCAAACAGAACGGCUCGCCCCCAUUUGUGAGCGGGGCGCUCGGGUUCAGAGUUUGGGGAGAGCACUCUCCGCAAGGGGUCUAGCCAGGCCACCAAGUUUUCGGGGCGAUAUUCGCCGAUUUCGGACAGGAUCUGCCCGCCAAUAGGAUCGGGAGUCCCGGGACAGAGAUUUGGCGGGGUGCAUUAGCAUGUGAAUAGCGGGUUUUUGGGGCAGCGGCUUUGUGAAUCGGACGGGAGUGGAGCUUACACGGUUCGGGUUGCACUCACAGAGCCAAACACGCCUGCUCCGUUGGCCGGACGGUUAGUACGUACACCACCGGCCCGUCCUGAUUGGAUUUUUCGCCGUGUUGUAGCCCAGCAGGGAUCCUGGAGACGUGGAAUCCCUGCCGGGGAAGGCUACAACUACCGCUCGGGACCGCGUGGCAGCGACAUUCCGGUCGUGGAUCGGCAACAGGCGGCGGAAGAGGCACUGGAAGCUCGCUCGGGCCGUCGUGGCACCGCUGGCCGAGGGGGUGUUAUUCUAUCCGCGGCAGUCAUUUUCUGUUGGUAUUUGCGGGGUAAACAAGCUAUUGAAAACAAAAUUUCCUCGGAAGGGAGAAGCCUCCGUCUCCUUCGGACACCGUUUCCUGGGAGUGUUAAUGGCCUAAGUGGAGUUGGCACACGGGAAAGUCCUUCCACCGAUUGAUUCAUUGUCGCAGUGGGACCUGUUGCAUUUUUGCUGUAGCGAGUUUUUGUAACACCGUUGAGUGAGUGGCGGGACCGGGGGAGGACGUGUGGUGCUCUCUCUCUCGUACUCAGAACAACCUCAGCGGACAACGAACACAACAUUUCCCGUCAAAAUGCUCGCCUAGGACCGCUACUAGCUACGGGAAUCGAGACUGUAGGACUUCGUGUCUGUGUGGUGGAACGAGGUACAGUCGCCGCUGCUAGCGCGGGACCUGUUGCCCCAGUACUCGUACCGCGAGUUGUUGUCGGGGAUAUAGCAGGAACAACAGUCAUGUGUCAGGAGGACUACAGCAGAACGGAGUCGCGCCACCGGGACUUGAUAUGCCGGGGCUGCGAGGCGGAGAGGAGGAAAAACAGGGAACCACCUGGUCACCAUUCCCACUCAGGCUGCUCUAGAAGAUUUUGUGACUCGAGUGUUAGAAGAAGACCUGUUGACCAAACGAUGGCCAUGCUAUGGACCUUACUCCUGUUCUUCCUACACGUCCAGUCGACGCUUGGAGCGCGAGGACCACCUCGACUUUCAGAACGAGUUAUCACGCACCAAACUGUACGAUUAGGACGGAAUAUCAAACUGCCGUGCCCGGUGGAGGGCGACCCCCCUCCCCUCACCAUGUGGACAAAAGACCUGAAAACGAUACACAGUGGCUGGACGAGAUUUAAAGUUCUACGCCAGGGACUGAAGAUAAAAAACGCGGAGGCGCACGAUGCCGGACAUUACACGUGUAAAGCCACCAACGGCUUCGGCAGCAUCAACGUCAACUACUCUCUCAACGUCAUAGAUGACUCCAAUCCUGGCAGACCUGUUGGUACAGCACCUGGUGUCGGUGGAACCAAGCCCAGAUUCACACAGCCACAGAAGAUGAGGAGAAAGAUCAUCCAGAGACCCAUGGGCAGUUCAGUCCGGUUGAAGUGCUCUGCGAGCGGGCAGCCCAAGCCGGAGAUCAUCUGGUCGAAGGAUGGGAGAACGCUCACCGAUGAGGAUUUAGGUGGGGCAAAAAAGGGUCAGCGUUGGACCCUUAAGCUGCGUAACCUGAGGCCGAGGGACAGCGGUCGCUACACCUGCAAGGUGUUCAACAGGAUCGGCAGCAUCAACGCCACGUACAAGGUCGACGUCAUAGCUCGCAUGACGACGAAGCCACAGCUGACCGGCGUCCACCCGGUCAACACGACGGUGGAGUUCGGCACCACCGCCUCCUUCCAGUGCCGGGUCCGCAGCGGCGUCAAGCCGCACAUCCAGUGGCUGAAGCGCGUGGAGGAGCACGAGCUGCACAAGCACCCCAACACCACCAUCGACGUCGGAGGGGUCAAGUUCAUCGUGCUGCCCACCGGGGAGGUGUGGUCCCGCCCCGACGGGUCCUACUUGAACAAACUCAUGAUCAGUAAGGCGAAGGAGGAGGACUCGGGCAUGUACAUCUGCCUGGGGGCCAACACCAUGGGAUACAGCUACAAGGCCGCUUUCCUGACAGUCAAACCUGAUCCUGACAAGGUGGAUGACCCCUCCAUAACGACACAGUCCGUGAUGAGCAGGAGUUCGCUGAGCAGCAAGGUGCCGCUGGUGGUGGUGAUCGGUCUCCCCGCGGCGCUCGGCCUGAUCCUUGUGAUCGGCGGCGUGUGGUUCUGCCAGCAGCGGAAGCGGUGCCCGUCUCCCCCGGCCAGUGUCCGGACGCCGACCCGUCAGUACGUCCCGCAGCACGACGCCGCGUCGCACGGCACCACCGUCAUGUCGCUACAGCGGGACAAGGACUCGUCAGGGUCGCUUUCGUCCGGGAUGCACCCGCCGUCGGGACUUCUGAGUCCCGCAGCGAGCCCCACGGGCACGCUUAGCUCCAACAGCACGUCCACCAGAGAAAAGUACAUGAACAGAUACGUGGACCUUCACACACACACGCACACACACACGGAGGGAGUCAGUAAGGUCUACCAGCACCAACACAUCCAUUACCAGUGUUAGCCCUUAAUUCUUCGUCCUUCUUUAUUUAUACGAAAAAAUCUUCCUCUUGUCGUCAGAUGUGUCUAUAGAGCUGGCUGGGACGAGCACUUGUCCGUUGUGAGGUGUUAUUUCUCUUACAACGUCAUUGCUUUUCGUUUUUUUUGCCAAAUAGUGCCUGGUGCUAAGUCUGUGUAGUAUUUGUUUCUAUGUCAGUAUACGUACUAAAAGAGUCUAUGAAAAAAGAUUUGGAGAGUAUUUAAUGGAAAUGAUAUAUUUGUGAUGUGUAGAAUUAAGUAUCAAAUUGAGCACAAUGAUUAGUUGUAUGAAUGACAGGUGCCAGUCACAGCCAGCCCUAGACACAUGAUUUCACAGCUCGGAAGUUUUUUGCAUGCACAAUCAUGAAAAUUUUUGUAUAUUAUCUGUAUAUUUGUAAAUAAGUUAUAAAAAUGAUAAAAAGAAAUGGAUGGUCUGAGAAUAAAGUAUAACCUAUUUUGUUACAAGUCGAUGCCAAAAUGAAAGAGAGCAACAGUUGUAAAGAGUAACCAAAUGCCAUCAGUAUGUCAGGUUCGUCCAAUCACUUGCCUCGUACCAUCAGUGUAUGUCUGGUUCCUCCAAUCAUUUGUCUUCUUACAAAGUAGUGGACGGUGACAUGAUAUAGACUGAUCCAUUUUAAGAGAAGGGGUCGGGGUAAAAUGGUUACCCCUCUUUUUCUUUUAAUUACCAUUCCCUCGCCAUUCCCUUGGAUUCAAAUUCUCAUAUACCCCCUCCUUUUUAAUCAGUACAAUUCUUAAAACCACCCCUUGGUAAUGUUUAGAAGUACCCCCCCUCCCCACAAACAGAUGGUUUGCCUCAAACUUGACCCUGGUGGCAUUUGGACGGUUACUUCCUUACACAAUCGGAGUUUGUCAGGUGACAUUCCAGGCAGCGUAGUCCCACCCCAACCCUCCGUCACGAGGAGUGUCGUGUCCGUGAAGACGUAAAAGGAUGUAAAAUAAUGGUUUUCUCCCGAUCCUACUGUCAGAAUGUGCUUUGUAAAUAAUUGGUUGUGAUGCCCGAUCACUGCAGAAAAAAUAACUUUUUUUGUUACCUCUGUACAUUUAGAUCUCAACUGUUAUACCUCUACCUUUUUUAAAAAAUCUUUUUUUUUACAACGAUAUAAAUGUCAUAUAACAGUUCAAGUUGGCUAUUUGAACAAGUUCAGUUCUGCAUUGUUGGGAUAAAAGUUUUUGCAACACAAUUUGGUGGGGGGACAAGUUCUGUUUGUAUCAAAAUGUUCACCUGGUUCCAGUUCUGUUGAAUUUUGUACUUCUCAUUCUGUUAAGUUUGUUAUGUCAAGUGCCAACACUGCCAACUUGUAUUUUACUCUGUGAAUUCUUCUCUAUGCCCUUCUUAUAGAAGGUACAAUAGUUAUCACCAAUAUGAAUACAAUAUCAUAAGCCAAUAAACAACACUUUAAAGCAAAGCCACAUCAGAGGGCAUACCUGUAAAAUAUUGGAUUCGUGAUUACAAUGUGUACAUCAACAAUGUUUUGUUUUUGCACCAGAGUGGUUAAAAAAAUUUAUAUAUAUACAUCGUGAAAAAAUGCCGGUGUAGUCUGAUGCCAAAGAUUGGAUGCUUAGGAAAAAAACUCAAGCACCACCAUGUAAUUUCUGCAAUGUAAUUUUUUUCUAUGUUACAAAUGACUUGUGUAGAGAAGAGUUGUGUUUAGCUGUAUAGAGCUUAUAUUUAAAGAUGACAUAAACCAUCUAUGAUUAGAUGUAUAUUGAACAUUAUUGGAGAAGGGAUAUUCUAUGACUGACAGCUGCCAUUAUCACAUCAAGUUGUUCAUUAUAAUUAUUAGAGUUUUACAUGCAUUUUAGAUAAUGAUAUUUUAUAUUUGAUUGAAAGACUUCUCUUUUAUACAACCACUUUUGAAUUAGCGAAAUGUGGAUUUCUUUUGUAUUUCUGUUAAAAAAGGAUGGAAGAUGACUACAUGUAUAUUGUCUGCCUUUCUGUGAAAGACAGCAGUGAACCAUCCUUUUGUAACUAUUCCAGCCAGAUUGUAAUAUUUUCCCUGUAUACUACAACAUUAUACUACAGUUGUAUUGUGUAUUGGAAAUUUCUAAUACAGUACGGCUUUUCAAGUUUUGUAAGAGGGCAAGUACAUGGACAAAUUGCAAUAUAAAAACAUUAGCAAAACUCUCACAAAUAGACGACCAGAGAUACACUUUUUCUCUUUCCUGGGGAAAUGUUUUCAAUGCUAUUUUUGUUACAUAUUAAUCAAAGACUGGAACACAUUGUAGAAGUAUGGAUAUUGACAGCUGUCAGUCAAAGUAAAUGCCCUUCCUCCUGUGAUAUGAGAGUGCUUAUAUGUACAUAGGCUGUGCAGACAAAAUGUCAGUGUGUGUAAUAAGUGACUACUUGUAGCUGUGGUGCUGAGAAAUACCACAGAUAAGAAUAUGUAUGGCAAUGUGAAGAGAAAAUUAAAAUCACUUUUGUAUGAACAUAAAA